GAAACCCCACAAUUAUCCGCACCAUGGCCUGCCAAAAGUCGAAUCGUAAAACUCAAUUGCAUCGAACCUCAGUAUCUUUUGUUACUGGUCAGCCCCUGGGGUAUCAUGCGUCUUGGGGUUCGGAAUUUUACCGUGGACCUCAGUCCUGUGUCUAUCCGUAACCUGUUGAAAUCCCACCAUCCUUACGGUUUGAUGGGUGUCUGUCAAACAUAUCCGGUCGAAAGGGUUUCAACCUUAGCUCGGAUAGAGGGGUGUCGUGGUAAAGCUUUGUCAAGAAUUGACCAUAGUAGAUCCAUGCAUUUUGACAGGGUGUAUACUAUGUAUACUAAAAGGAAUCUUCCUUUUUCUCUUUGGAUCAGUAGGGGGCGUCCCCUUGACACUUAUGUUAGAGGUCAAAUUUUUUAUACUCUUAGGUACGAAUUUAGACCACGAGAAUUAAAAGUAGUGCCGGACGCACUUUUUUUUAAACCCGCACUUUCCGACGAGGUUACAAUAGAGGAGUUCUUUAGUGCCCCGCAGCCAUUGGCACACUAUGGUGUGCUGGUAAAAGCCCUCCCUGUCUUAGUCGAC